CCCAGCUACGACUACGAGUACAGUAGCAGCACCUUAUUUUAAAUUAUGCGAAGUUUUAAAUUUUUAAAUUUCUAAGCAUGAAUGAAUCCAACGGAGCGUAGAAUAUAUCUGAAUUUGACAACGUACGUAUCUUAGAUGUCACGAACAACGAUGAGCUUAUAUAUUUCUCAAUUUUCUCUGCAUUUUAAUCUAUCACUGAUUUAUUCCGCGCAGUUUGCGCGGGGUCUCCUAUACUAUCUGGAAUCGCCAGGAUCUGUACAUAUUGCUGUUGGUAAUCUACGAGCUGCGUUAAGUAGAAAAUUAAUACGCAUUAUACUGUUGUCUUGUUAGCCAUUUCCCACCAGAAUGGCGGCCUCCAAACGUUCUCGACACGGAGAACCUGCUGCGGGACUCGUCAGCUGCAUGAAGCAGACGUUAACCAGUGGAGAAUUCAGCGAUGCACAUCUUGGCGAUGCGCAGCUCCGUGUUUCGCGCCAUGUUCUACGGGAGUUUACCCGAGAACUGCGCCGUGCCCAUCGAUAUUCCGGAUUUCAUGCCUGACGCAUUCGCCAAUAUGCUCAGCUACAUGUACACGGAUGAAGCGGAGAAUCUCAACGCUGACAAUGUUUUCCACACCAUGAACUGCGCCGACAAAUACGACGUGGCUCCCCUGGUGCAAAUCUGCUUAUCGAUGAUUUACAGCCAGCUGGACGUUGAUAAUUGUUUGUUCGCGUUGGAACAAGCAGUGCAGUGGCACGCUGAUACUAUUGUGGAGAAGUGCUGGCGUUUGCUGGAUGAGAAGACGGAAGAGAUUCUGCGAUCGGAUCACUUCACAUGCAUCCGUCAGGACACAUUGCGCACCAUACUGCAACGCGAUACACUGUCGGCUGGAGAGCAGGAUAUUUAUUCGGCUAUCGAGAGGUGGGCCACCGAAGCCUGUAAGCGGAAUAACAUGGAGCCGUCCGCUGCCAACCGGCGUCAGAUGCUGGGCGAAGCGUUAUUCCUGGUGCGCUUUCCCUUGCUGACGGCCGCGCAACUGUCGGAUGGUCCUGCGACGGGUGGUCUGCUGUCGGAAACCGAGCUGUUGAGCAUUUUCCUGUACCAAAAUGCCGCCCUGAAGCCGACGCUGCCCUUCCCCACGGAGCAGCGUCACACCGUUCCGAUGCCCACGGGAUUCCAGCUAGGCGAUGCGGUGUUUGUACCGGGCCCGGCGGAUCACUGGCAGCUGGCGAAAAUUGUUGGUAAUCGCCAGUCGAAGCUGGUCAUUCGGAGGGAAGACAAUCGUCGCGAAGAGAUUGUGGAGACCGAGAGGGUUGCUCUAGCUGCCAACGUGGAGCUUACUGGCUUUUAUGGCUAUGCUUCCCCUGGCGAACGUCUAGUUUUUGAUCUCAGUUAUUCCUAUUGAUUCUUCAUUACGUUCUGGUUUUGAUUAUUAAAGAUUACACGUGGUCGAA